CCCCACCCACCCUCUCCCCCUCUCUGUCCCUCUCCCUCUCUCUCUCUCCUUCCGUGUGAUCUGCUCUCGCUCCUUCGCCCACUCGAGAGGGCGACCUCUUCCUUCGAGCUCGGCAAGGCCCCUUUCCUCGAGCUCAGCCGGCAGCGGAGUCGAGCUGCGUGGUGCGGAGGGCAUGGCGACGGGGGGAGGCGGAGGAGGAGGAGCGGCGGACUUCGGGGCGGCGGGGGGAGCGGGCGGCAGGAUGCCGACGUGGAGGGAGAGGGAGAACAACAAGCGGAGGGAGCGGCGGCGGCGCGCGAUCGCCGCCAAGAUAUUCUCCGGCCUGCGGGCGCACGGCGGGUACAAGCUGCCCAAACACUGCGACAACAACGAGGUCCUCAAGGCCCUCUGCAACGAGGCCGGCUGGGUCGUCGAGCCCGACGGCACCACCUACCGCAAGGGAUGCAGACCUGCAGAACGCAUGGAUGGGAUUGGGUGCUCCGUGUCACCAAGCCCAUGUUCCUCAUAUCAGCCAAGUCCGCGGGCAUCAUACAAUGCGAGCCCUACCUCCUCUUCAUUCCCCAGCGGCGCGUCUUCGCCCUUCCUCCCGCAUUCUAACAACAUGGUUAAUGGCGUUGAUGCAACCCCCAUCCUACCUUGGCUGCAAACGUUCUCCAAUUCGACGGCAUCGAAUAAGCGGCCGCAUCUUCCGCCGCUGCUGAUUCACGGGGGCUCCAUUAGCGCCCCGGUGACUCCUCCACUGAGCUCACCGACUGCUCGCACCCCUCGCAUGAAGACAGACUGGGACGAGUCGGUGAUCCAGCCUCCGUGGCAUGGUUCAAACAGCCCUUGCGUGGUGAACUCCACCCCGCCAAGCCCCGGGCGUCAAAUGGUUCCUGACCCGGCAUGGCUGGCCGGCAUCCAGAUCUCGUCAACGAGCCCUUCAUCGCCCACAUUCAGUCUCAUGUCCUCCAACCCAUUCAGCGUCUUCAAAGAAGCCAUCCCUGGCGGCGGUUCAUCAAGGAUGUGCACGCCGGGGCAGAGCGGCACGUGCUCGCCGGUGAUCCCUGGCAUGGCGCGGCACCCGGACGUUCACAUGAUGGACGUGGUCUCCGACGAGUUCGCGUUUGGAAGCAGCACCAACGGCGGCGCUCAGCAGGCCACCGCCGGACUGGUGAGGGCGUGGGAGGGCGAGAGGAUCCACGAGGACUCCGGAUCGGACGAGCUGGAGCUCACUCUCGGGAGCUCCAGGACGAGGAGCUGAUGCUAACAGAAACCUAACUCGGGCGGGAUUCUUUCUUGUUGUAGCUUAUUUCUUCCUCUUCUUCUUGGUGUUCCAUUAGUUUCUGAAAGAGAGACCAAGCGUGUGGUUCCUUCAGAUAGCUUUCACUUGCUGUGGUGAUGAUAAUUGUGUUAUUUAUUUGUGCGGAUUACAAGAGCUAGGGAGGGUUCGGCGGCCAGAACCAGCUGAUAUGUAGCCUCCGCAGCUGGUGACCUCGAUUUGGCCGCAAUGUAAGCUCGUUGUGCUGUUGUUGUGACAAAUGUACAUUGAUGUCAGAAAUCACGAAAAUUACCCAUUCUUCC